AUGUACGCCGCUCAGAAUAUAACGCCAACAGUUUUGGAUGCUAUGAAUGGAAAUGUUUCCGAAUGGUAUAACGAAUGCGACAAUGCCAUUAGAAGGUCAGAAAUAGUUCCUGGAACUUACGAAUAUACAACUGCUGUUUCUUAUGGAAACGUAGGUGAGUUUGGAGAAGGUUCUUCAACAACAGUAGAUAUUGCUUGCGACAGGUUUCAUAUAAUUUCUAUUGACAACUCUUUCUUAUACGUGGAACAAGACAUUGAAAUAAAACCUUCUGCCAAGUUGUCUGACAAGAAAGGUUGCAAUGGAAUUUUCUAUGUCGGAUACCAAUAUGCUCCAGAAGUUUUCAUGGGAUAUAAGAUAUAUUCUAACUCUGACUUAGUUCAAACAGUAACAUGGGCAAACUAUGAAUGGUUCGCUUUGAGAAACUCAGUACAACCACAAGCUAGAGAACAAACAGACCAGUAUGCCACCAUUGAGAAAAUAAGAAGACUUGACCCUAACGUUCCAGGAGUUUAUGUUAACCUUUCUGGUUCAGAUGGAAAUGCUGCCACUAAAGUAA